AUGGAUCGUGUUCGUAGACGCGUGGUGAGCUUCCCGGCUACUGUUAAGGGUGUGCCGGCUGCUAUUGUCGAGGCGGUGCGUAUGAAAGAGACGGAUGGGGAUCUUGUGAAUCGGUUUGGGACUCAUCGGUGGUCGAAUGAGGAUUUGGAUCCUGUUAGACCAGAGCGACGAAAUUGGACAGCAUGGAACUUUUUCUCUUAUUGGAUUGGUGAAAGUUGGGGUGCAUCAACAUGGAGUGUAGGCUCUUCCAUGGUUGCAGGCGGUCUCGUUUGGUACGAUGCUAUGAUCGCAAUCAUCGUCGGCCUUCUCAUCGGUAGUUUUUUCCUUGUUUGGAUCAGAGCAACCUUCGGUCCUUGGGGUGGACUUAUCCCUGUUGGCAUUCGUUGCGUUUUGGAUAUGGUGUGGUUUGGGAUUCAAACCUACUUCGGUGCUUUGUUCCUUGAUAUUGUAUUCCAGUGUGUCUUUGGACAUUCUUGGACCAACCUCCACAACUCACUGCCUGAAUCCUCUGGGACUACCACGAGAUUUAUGGUUGCAUACUUCCUGUACUGGUGCUUUCAAUUCGGCUCCUGCUUCUUCCGCCCAGAUCAACUCCGCUGGCUCAUCACAUUCAAAGCUUGCACAAUCCCAUUCGCCUGCCUCGGACUCUUCAUCUGGUCCCUCGUCCGAUCAGGUGGACCCGGCUCCUUCAAAGCGCUCGCUGUAACUACAGCUGAAGGCUCCAACAAACAAGCACUUCUGGCUUGGGGAAUCGUUGGUGCUAUCAACAAUGCUAUCAAUGGAGAAUUUGGCCCUUUGAUUGCUUCUGAGCCUGAUAUUACUCGUUAUUCGAGAAGACCAAGAGAUCAGAUUCUCGGUCAACUCCUUGCCGCUCCUUGGUCUGCGAGUUUCACUGCUAUAAUGGGCAUCAUUGCCGCUUCCUGCACGGGCAAGAUUUGGGGAACUGCUAUCUGGAAUCCUGCUGGUAUUCUUGACGCUAUUUUUGCCGAGAACAACGAUCCCAAGACCAAAUUCGCUGUCUUCUUAGUUGCCGUCACAUUCAUGGUUGGCCAAGUCGGAACCAACUUCAUCGCCAACCUCAUCCCAUUCGGCGUCGACUUAUCCGCUCUAGCACCUCGCUACAUCAACAUCGUCCGCGGCCAAAUCAUCUGCUGCAUCAUCGGCGGCUGGUGCAUGGUUCCCUGGAAAGUCCUCGUCUCUGGCGCCGUCUUCCUGUCUUGCAUCACUGGCAUGGGUAUCUUCAUGGGUUGUCUGGUCGGCAUCAUGCUCGCGGACUACUUUUUUAUCCGUCGAGGCAACUAUUUUAUCGAAGAUCUCUAUACGUCUGAUCCUCAAGGCCGGUACUGGUAUUUCCACGGAUGGCAUUGGAGAGCGUAUGUCGCUUAUGUUUGUGGUAUCUUUAUGCCAUUCCCAGGGUUCUUGGGGACCCUGGGAGUCAAGAGUAUGGCGGCCAAGCUGGGGCCCGCGAUGCAUUUGUAUGAUAUUGGGUACCUGGUUAGCACGUUUACGGCGAUGGCGGUGUAUACGCUGCUUUGCAAGAUCAGUCCUCCAGAUAAUGUUGCAGAGGCGAGGGCGAUGCCGUUCGAGGCUAUGGGCAAGAAGGAAGUUCUGCAUGGGUUGAAUGGGAGAAAUAGUGAAGAUGUUGAGAAUGUUGUUGUUUCUGAAGACAAGAAGAUGUAA